CGCCGUGUCAACCCUAAACAUUAUCAGGAUUUGCGACGCUGGAUACGGUGGCUUGACAGCGGCCUCAGACAGCUUCUAUUCUUCGGCUUCUGGGUACAUUCAGAAAGAAAAUUCGAAAAUUUCGAUUCAAUUUCAAAGUUAAUACGACAUUGCCUACUUCUUUUUAAGAAUCGCCAGAUUUUGAUCUCAAAAUUGUCACUUUCUGCCACAUAGAUUAGAUGAACAAGCAAGCAUUGAAGCAGCUAGGGGCAGUGCGGUUCAGGGCAUUAUGGCUUUGUCCCCGGGCACUAGAUCAAUCGAGUUAACCCUUCUAGCUGUCAUAUAGAGUGCUGAGUUCUGAAGAGAAUUUCUAACGUUAUGGGCGACAGAUAUUUGAAGCCUGUUACUAUUCUUGACAGGGGUUUUCUGUCAAGCGUCUCAAGCUACUUGUCUUGUGAGAUGGGAUUUGACUGUCCUAUGGAAGGAAGUCAUGGUGUUGGCACUAUGGCUGCAUUUGACCACAAUGCUUGGCCUCAGAUAUACAAGAUGGAAAGUGUGAAGCAUUCGAUUUAUCUCGAAGUGUUUUGGCUGCUUCAUCAGUAACCCACCUUGCCUUGGCACAAAAAAGCUCUAAUUAGUCCAGGCCAAUAUCAUAGUUGUCCAUCUAAAGAGGAUUUCACAAUUACAAUGAAGGAUUGUUGAGAUAGGUGGGAUCUAUGUGACAGGGUAUUAGAGGGAUCUGGAGUGUUCUUCAAUGUGGGGAUCUCAACAAUCAACUCACUAAGGUGGACUCAAGAAGCUAGACAAAAACUGUAUGAAGUAGUAAAAUGUGUGUCAAGUGAUAUUAGAUAACAAUACCUUGGGUUUAGUAUAAGUUUGGAAUGACUGUCAGUUUGUUCCACCUCAUGUGUGAAUAGCUGAGCUAAAGUGGGCUUGUUGAAGUUAGAUUGAGCUCAGGGUUGGGCUUAAUAGCUUGCACACAAAGGGAGUAGCCAAUGCAAUAGGGUUGGCUUUGGCCAUGAGUGGCUUUGGGGUGGCUAAUAAAGCCAGGAACUAGAG